CUUUCAUCCUCUCUCCUAGCUUUACUUUCUUUCGCACUUAAAAGCCUCGAAACUUACUGCAGAAGGCGUUUCCGACGAUGCGUUACGCAGUUCUUGUAACAGGCCCCGCUGGAGCGGGAAAAUCGACAUUCUGUAACGGCCUCAUGACGCACCUUCAAACCUCCAGACGCACAGGGCAUCUCGUAAACCUGGACCCCGCCGCGAACAGCGAUGCAUUCGAGUACGAGCCGGCCAUCGACAUUCGCGACCUCGUCAGCUUGGAGGACGUCAUGAGCGAGCUGAACUAUGGCCCGAAUGGCGGCUUAGUGUACUGCUUUGAAUAUCUACUUGAGAAUAUGGAUUGGUUGGAGGAAGAGUUGGGUGGAUAUGAUGACGACUAUCUUAUUUUCGACUGCCCUGGUCAAAUUGAGCUCUACACGCACCAUCCUUUCCUUCCUACACUUGUCCGACAAUUGCAGCGAAUGGGCCUGCGUACGUGUGCGACAUACUUGAUCGAGUCGCAGUUCAUGGAAGACAAGUAUAAGUUUUUCGGCGGCGUCCUUUCUGCGAUGUCUGCGAUGGUCAAUCUUGAAGUGCCAUGGGUCAAUAUUAUGUCCAAGAUGGACCUGGUCACAAGCAACGCAGACGACCCGGCGAGCGGGAGAAACGGUAUCCGGACACGAAAAGAUAUCUCAAGAUAUCUUGAGCCAGAUCCCAUGCUACUUGUUUCCGCCCCUGGAAGCCGUGAGGAGAAGUCUGAGAGGCACUCAAAAUUCCAUGACCUCAACAGAGCAAUCGUUCAGCUGAUCGAGGACCACCCCCUGGUGUCGUUCCUGCCUUUGAACCUGACAGAACCGGAUUCGAUUGAGACAGUACUCAGUCAUAUAGACUAUACAAUGCAAUACGGCGAAGAUGAGGAGCCGAAGGAGCCUCGAGACCUCGACGAAGGUGACUUCGCCGACAUGGAAUAGAUCCUUGUCUGCAUACCCAAAAUGUAUCGAUAGAGCAGGAAGAUCCUUCCGUGUAAUUCUGCUAAUGUAUACUUCGCUGCUAGCUUUGGGGCGUCCCG